AUGAAUCGUUUUGGUGAUAUCGAUUUGUCAUUUAAAACACUGUCACCUGUUUAUGGUUAUCAUGCUGAAGAACUCGUUCCAAUUGAAAAAGCACUAAAACCUAUCGAACCUCAAAUUAACGAACUGCCUCGUUUUAUAACAAUAGCUAAAAAACACUGUCAUUUUCCGUCGGAACAUGGACUAACACAAGAUCAAUCAGCAGCUGUUUAUAUUUAUACAAUGGAAUGGGGUGACACAACUUUGUAUCGUGUAUUAAAUAAAGCAUUACGCUCCGAAAAUCGACACGAAUUAAAGAUAUGGUUUUCAUAUUUAAAAUUAUUUGAUACAGCAUUGGAUAAGUUACCUACUGUUAAAGAGGUAGUAUGGAGAGGUGUGCCUCUUGAUAUUGGCAAAAGCUUCACCAAAAACCAAAUUGUGACAUGGUGGAGUAUUAAUUCAUGUUCGUCAUCAGUAAACGUUAUUAAAAAUUUUCUUGGCAACGACAAAAAUUCAACGCUGUUUUUAAUUGAAACCAUUAAAGGAAAAAAAAUUUCUGGAUAUACAGAAUAUAAAAAUGAAGAUGAAAUAAUUCUACGAAUGGGCUCACAAUUUCGCGUGAAGAGCGAUACUUUAGAUCAAUCGCAUGGUUCACAUGUCGUACACUUAAUUGAGAUUGAUGACAACAUUGAUCACCCAUUACCACCGGGUAAGUUAUUUAUACUUUUUCUCAAUGAAAUAAUGUUUUGUAUGAUACAUAUGUAUAAAGUAACCAAAAACUGUCUGAAUAUUGAUUAA